UUUUUUUCAAUCAAAUUUAAAUAGGUUUCCCAACUGUGAUCGCCAUUGUAAAAGUUUGUGUUGUUAUGGUGUUGUUUAUUCCCAAAAAUUGUUAAAUUUCUCGAUAAAUGAAAAAGCCACGGUUUCUCGUCUGAAAAUCACAUUCGUGUUCGGUAACCCACAAUGGAUAUACGUAAACGCGGUUUUCGCUCAGUGCCCCCCAAAGGACAAGAAUACACAACCAAAAGGGAAUUAGCGGAACGAAGGAGCUACCCCCAGUGCCCCCCGAAACCUCCGAAAGUUAACAAAAGAACGUCACAAAGGAGCCUAUUUCAGGAAAAAGGUUUUGCGAGACCGGUGUUCUUUAGUCAACCAGUGAAUUUAAGCCGACUGUAUUGUCCGGAUAAACAACAACCAUACUUCGAUCAAAUUUUUGCUAAGAAUGCGGUCAUUGGAGAGGGAUCGUUUGGGGUUGUUUUUAAAGUGAAGUCGCGUGAAGAUGAUCAUGUUUAUGCUGUGAAACAGUUGAAGUCGUCACAUAAUUUACAAUAUGGGAAUGCGGAAGUUCAAAACUAUGAAAAAGUGGGGGAGCACAGCAACUGUGUUAAGUUUAUUAUGGCAUGGGAGGAGUUCAAAAUUAUUCAUAUACAAAUGGAAUAUUGUAAUCUGAGUUUGGCUCAGUAUGCAACUGUGGCACAAAAUAUCAUGGAGGCUCAAUUGUGGGAGAUUUUGUAUGAUAUGCUAAAGGCACUGGACUAUUUACACUCCAAGAAUCUCAUUCAUUUAGAUGUCAAACCGGGGAAUAUUAUGAUGAGUAAAGGCUUCUAUAAAUUGGCGGAUUUUGGUCUUCUUGUUGACCUAAAUAAACAUAAUGGAAGGAAAAUAUCAACAAUAUCAGAUGGUGAUGCUAAAUACCUGGCGUGUGAAGUAUUAGAUGGGAUUUAUACUUAUUCGUGCGAUAUUUUUGGUUUGGGGAUCAGUCUUUUGGAAUUAGCGACGAAUAUUGAGUUGCCAGAGUUUGGACCUUUGUGGCACCAAAUCCGUAAACAGUAUUUACCAUCAGCGUUUUAUGAAGGUGUGACAAGGUCAUUCUCUGUUACUAUUGAAAAAAUGAUGUCUACUGUUCACUGGGAGAGACCACAAGCAGCUAAAUUACUCAAAAAUCCACACCUUAAAAAAAUUCAAAAACAAGACUUGAAGCAACCUAGGAAUAAUUAUUGUCAAGGGUUAUCUGAAGAAACUUUUUCGUUCGAAAAGUGUAGCCAUUUUGAUAAUAAUAACAUUGUAGAAACACCCAGAAGACCCUUGUAUGAAGUACGCAACAGUCUAAGCCAUGGAAGUGAAAAGGUUAGAGACUUGUGCAUAGAUGAGUCAAACAGUUCAAGUGAUUCAUGUAGAACGUUAGAAGAAAGAAAUUCUCCUGGUUUGGGCUCUAAUCGUCGAGGUUUAUCCAGGGUAAAACUAGCGUUUUGAUUAGUAUUCUUCGAUGAUUUCUAACCAGAUGUGAUAUUUCUAUAGUACUUAAGGAUUUAUAGUCAAAAGACUGAAAAUGGCUUCACUUUAUAUAUAAGUAUUAUGAACUUGGAGGCUUCCUGGGAAAAAUGUAAUAAGUCCAAAAUCGAAUCGAAUUUGUAGGUGGUAACGAAAUAACUUGGUACGUGCGAUUGUAACCCUAACGAACCUUGCUAUAAGGUCGUUGUUACAAUGGCACGAACUAAUCAUCACCUACAAAUUAUGUCAAAUUUAGUCGUCUUCGUUGUCUAAAAUUAAUACACGUAGUAAGUGUACUAUUUUUAGUGUUUUUCUGUUUCUCGUAGCGUUUAGGUGUAUAUUUCAUAGCUAAGUCAGAAAAUUGGCUGGCAUUUUGGACUAAUUGUACUUUCCCUACUCGCCCUUCAGUUAUUUGGUAUCGUUCUGUUACCAGUUCUAUGUUAUCAAGUUGUUAACUUAAGUCACCAAACCUAACUUAUUUGUGGAAACUAUGCAAUAUUCCAUGUGAUUUAGUAAACUGUUGUGAUUAAGACUUAAUGGAUUUGAUACUAAGUAAUUUUCAAAAGUAACACAUAAUUAUAAAAGUCGAACUAAUGUUUUCCUAACGACCAUUAAGUCUUGUUAUUUUUUUAAAAUAUAUUUUGAGUAAGAAAGUUUUUUUGCAAUUUUAUUACAAAUGUUUCAUUACGGCACCACAAUUGUGUCAAACUGCAAUGGCAGCGUUCAGGUUUUCAUUGUGUGAUUUAAUUAUAUUCAUGUUUCUCAUUUGUUACAUUUUUUAGAGUUUAUUUAAGUUUUUCUUUAAUUUCGUGAGUAUGUGCGUAUGACAUUUCUCGUUACACUAAUUUGUUUCCAUUUCAAUAAAAACAAUUAAACUAA